UAAUAGCGGUGUCCGCCAUCUUGGAAUCACUGUUUGAGUCAACUCUCAGGGAGCCUGCACGAGUAGAGUCAUUUACACACAUUAUCUCUCUCUCUCGAAGAUACACUGUUUUGUGUCUUGUUUCUCGGACAAUUCAGGUACAUUUGUUUUUAUUUGCUCACGGAGCGGUGUAGCAAACUUAGGGUUGUGUAAAGAACCGUUAUGGCGACUUCUACCCCAAGCCGCGAUGCUGGCCGAUCGGCGGCCUCGACACCUCUCUCCCCGACCCGGAUCUCACGCUUACAAGAAAAACAGGAUCUGCAGCACCUGAACGACAGACUGGCCGUGUAUAUCGACCGUGUGCGGUCAUUGGAACUGGAAAACGACCGGCUGAUGGUCAAAGUGUCUGAGAAAGAGGACGUGACUACCAGAGAGGUGUCCGGCCUGAAGGCUCUGUAUGAGGCAGAGUUGGCUGAUGCGCGACGGGUUUUGGAUGAAACUGCUAGAGAUAGAGCCAGGCUCCAGAUAGACCUUGGAAAAGCUCAGUCUGAACUGGAAGAAGUGACACGCAGUGCCAAGAAGAAGGAGAGUGAUCUUGCUGCAGCGUUGUCCAGGGCCAAUGCUUUGGAAGGCCAGCUGAACAAAAGUGAAGCAGCUCUUUCUACAGCUCUAGGCCAAAAUUCGUCUCUGACCUCUGAGCUGGCUGAUGUCAAGAGCUUGUUGGCUAAGGCAGAGGACAGCCAUGCUGUUGCUAAGCGUCAGCUGGAGGCAGAGACGCUGAUGCGUGUAGACUUGGAAAACCGCUGUCAGUCACUGAGUGAAGACCUGGAGUUCAGGAAGAGCAUGUUUGAAGAGGAGGUGCGUGAGUCUCGACGUCGACAGGAGCAGCGGAUAGUUGAGGUGGACUCUGGAGUCAGGCAGGACUAUGAGUUUAAACUGGCGCAGGCUCUACAGGACCUCAGGAAAACACAUGAUGGACAAGUAUCUCUUUAUAAGGAAGAACUGGAGAAUACCUUCCAGGCUAAGCUGGAAAAUGCAAAGGUGUCCUCAGAGAUAAAUGACAAGGCAAUGAGCACGGCCAGGGAGGAGCUGCUGGAGUCCCGUACCAGAAUAGAGGGUCUUGGAUAUCAGCUGAGUGCUUUGCAGAAGCAGAUGGCUGCCUCCGAGGAUCGUAUCAGAGAGCUUGAGGAAAUUCUGUCAGCUGAAAGAGAAAAGCACCGUCGUUCUAUUGAAGGAAAAGAACAGGAAAUGAGUGAAUUGAGAGAGAGGAUGAACGCUCAGCUCAGUGAAUACCAGGAACUACUGGAUGUGAAGCUGGCCCUGGACAUGGAGAUCAAUGCAUACAGGAAACUGCUGGAGGGGGAGGAGCACAGACUGAAGUUGUCCCCCAGCCCAUCAGCUCGAGUCACUGUUUCCAGGGUAACAGGAUCUUCCAAGAGAAAGAGAGUGGAAGUGGAGGCCCAGGAUGUGUCAGAGGGGGGACGAGGAGAAGGACAACUGCUGGUAUCAGAAGAGGCCACAGCCAGUGGAGCAGUUACCAUCUCACCUACUGACAUGGAUGGAAAUGCAGUCACACUGACCAACGAUACUGAUCAGGACCAGCCUUUGGGCAACUGGAGGUUGAACAGACAGGUCGACAGCAGUGAUGAGAUCACCUACAAGUUCUCACCAAAGUUUGUCCUCAAGGCUGGACAGUCCGUCACGGUGUGGUCUGCCGAUGCUGGCAUGGCCCACAGUCCACCAUCUGACUUGUUGUGGAAGAGCCAGGCUUCCUGGGGCACAGGAAAUGAAAUGAUCACCACUUUAGUCAAUGCUGAUGGCGAGGAGGUGGCGAGUAGGAGUGUAACCAAAACUCAGGUGGAGGUAGAUGAUGGAGAAGAAGAGGAGGAAGUGGAUCAAACGGGCAAGGCGUCCUCCAGAGAAUGUGCCAUCAUGUAAAGCCUUGAAGUCGACGAUUGGUUUGACAGCUCCAUUAUAUUCUAUUCUCUAGAGCUACUCCGAUAUGAUCAUGUCCAUCGCAUCACCAUUUGGUGUUUAACUUUUAAAGACAGUAUAAGACUUUAAGGACUCUGUAAAGCUGCCUCUGAAAUACCUGGACCUGAUUCAAACAUCACAUCAUCUUUCUCUGUGAACACUGGAUACAAACAUCAACUGUGAGAAUGUCAGCAAAUUGUCCCGCCCAUUUUAAAGUACCACGCUUUCCAAGUCAUUGAUUAUUUGAUUGGCUUCAAUUCAUUCUUAGUUGAAAGCUUUUUUUGUUUCAUCCUUUUUGCAAAGUAGAACACGAUGUCUAAGGGUUUGCACAGAAGACCUAAAAGAACUUGAUUAUUGAGAUAAAUCAGGUUCACUGUGUUCACAACCAUCAGUGUUAAAUGAUGAAAUACAGAUUUUAACAAAAUAUGAAGUUUUUUACAAAUCCAUCACUCUGACUAAAAGGCAUAAAGGCAGGGUUGGUCAUUUUCGAAAUCUUCCAAGUAGCAUUCCCUCUACUCUGUCUAACCCUGCCUUUAAAUGUAAUAUUAAAUUAAAUGUAUUUGGUUACGCAGAUGGAUUUUUCCUGGCUGCACAUUUUUACCUCUGUAUUGUCCUUUUAUGGAUUAAAUCUUAAAAAUCUGCAAAUCAUAGGCUGCUUGAAAAGUUUAAGUUACUGAUUCUUUUGCUAUUGUGAAAACUGACUGCAAAUUCAGAGUGCAAAGUGAUAACUGAUUUGAUGACAAAUGUUAAACUUAAUAGCUAAGAAAACGCUCCGUACCUUUCAGGCUUUCAAGGUCAGUACUCAGACUUCUGUCAGAAUCCUGAGCACGUUACAUGCCAUGUGUUCCUUGAUAGAGCUGUCGUUCUCAGCCACGUUACACUCCUCUUUUUUAAGAAACACUACAGGUUUGUUUUGACUGACGACCUUUGAUUUCGGAUAUCUCUUAUAAGAAAUAUGUGGAGAUCAGUUGUCUUUGCUUCCUUUGUGUGGACUUGGGGAGGGGGUUCUUAGUGAGGGAAAAAGGCAGUUGCCACUCAGUCCUCCUGGAAGCCCAACCAUACAUUUUAAAAUUCAGAAUAAUGGAGCCAUUUUUUUAAGUUAGGGAAUGAAGUUGUGAAUCAGUCGCAGUGGUCAGUUGAUACUCGAUUCUUUUGAAUGAAGACCCUCAAGACGUUUCUCAAAUCUGAGGUUCUACAACAAAUCCAUAAAAAACAGUCUUAUCUUUUUCAGUGAAGGGGAGUUGUUACUUGUUCUAAAAGAUAAUCGUUUUCCUAAUUUUGUCUCAGCCCAGUGUACUCUUUGGAAGUAAGAUCCCGUUUCCACCUAGCGUGUUUUUUUUUCUGAGCAUCAGCAGUUUUUUUUCAGUUGUUUUCUUGAAGAAGAGAGCCGCCUGGAGAAAAAGCACAGCGCCCAGUGUCUGUUCUUCUGAGCGCUCUGCCUUAUUUGUGCGGCCGCUCUGAGUGCUCAAGUUGAAAAUCUUUAAACUUUUCAGAAAGGCGCUGUUGACGUCACUGGAGUUCUUUUCCAAAUGUUUGAUAUUCCCCGUAGUUUAACCUCCUCGCUCCGUGUCUAAUCGGGAAAUAAACGAUCUGAAAUAUAAAACAUGCAGUAAAAAGUAACGGAGCAGUGUCACUCAUACAGAGACCGUUGUUUACAGACUUGUCAUGGAGACAGGACGGACGUGCAACGCUUUUCUUCUCAGAACACAAACGCUUCAUGCAAACGCUUCAGAGUGCACAGCCGGCGCUUUUCUGACCAGAAAAAACACCAGGUGGAUACGGGGUCUUAGAGUUCGGCUUCAGGCCGCCAACACCUUCUAAACUAUACGUGGCUCCCGGUCUUGAUGUUGACUUUCUGUGAACCUUGACCUGGGCAGAAGUUGCACUGACUAUAGAGUUAGGAAACGCACAGAGGAGAGAACAAGAGACUGUGCUUUAAAAUAUGUCUAAAGUACACUGCAGAUGAGAGUUUCUGCUAACAUUGACAAACAGACAUGAUCCUGUUACAGCUGUCGUAAAGGACAGUUUCCACCAAGCGGUCCGGUUCUGUUCAGGACAGUUUGGUACCGUAAAUCCUGAUCUUGCUUGUGUUUCCAAAGUCAACCCUUAGACAUCACUAAUUCACAGCGGCGAGAUAUGGUGUAGACCGCCAAUAAAUUCAACAAAGAAGAAGGUGACAGUAAACAAAAAUCAAUAAUUGCUAGGAGGGUCUGCAUCUCCGAGGUCGUCCAUCGGAGAUAUUUAAACAUGGUGCGUUUUGUGUUUGUCCUUUAUUACGACCGCGCACAGGAAGUAAAGAUUCUUCCAAUCAACAGACUGCAGUGUUUCUAGCUCCAACCUUUAGGGUCGGGUUAGUACCCUAACAGAAGGGUACCAAAAAAAUCGACUUUUGACAGUGGAAAUGCCAAUAAAUGUGUACCGAACUGAACUGGACCACUUGGUGGAAACUGGGCUUUAGGAACAAGCUCAUACCGUAUUCUGUAUGAAAGCAGUUUUAAAAUUUUAUUUAAGUUAGCUUGCUCAUGUUAGCUCGAGUUAGCUAACUUCUUUCAUAUGUGUGAGUUCUGUUGUUACUGACACUGAGCAGAUUUCUCUGCUAGGUUAACGAGAGACAGACUUUCCCACAUUGACUCUUUCGCUUGUUUCACAAUGCGGAGCAGCGUCUCUGCUCCUAGAACAAUGAAUGGUCCCAUUAAAGGCUUCACUCAGAAUUUGUGUGGGUUUGAUUUUUUUAAUCCUCACUGGGUUGCUAAAACUUUAUGUGAUACGUAGCCUUCUGUUACAAAGUCUUCUGUGACUGGCUCUGUGGAAAAUGCGACAGUGCCACCAUUUUUUAAAGUCCACACAAUUCGAACAGUGAAAGCAACACUUGAUACUCGUGGACGAUGUUGUGAUAGAUUACAUUUUCUUUAUAUCGAGUGUUGCUCUCACAACUUGUCGGCCAUUUGGGAAACACAUUUUUCUUGUGCUUGUAUGCUGUGCUUUAAACUGAUAGUUGUUUUUCUAUAGAUUUGUGUCAAUGUAAUCAAUUUGUUGAAAUUAAAUCUUUCAUGUAUUAUUUACGAUUUCUAUGGUGAUUAAGGUUUGGUGUUAUUGACCUGAAAAUAAAAAUAAAACUUUUUCGGCCUUAAAUGUAUUUCAUCCUGUAGUGACCAAGUUUCAAACCUAAACUUCACUAAGUGCAGGAUAUUGAAACUUGUUUUCUGAGCUGAAUUUGGGAGGAUGGGGGGGGUAUCCAAUUAUAGACAAGGGUCUAACAUUUAUAAUUGCCAUAACCUUCAAUUUUUCAGGAUUUUCCUUUGAACUGAACCAGAAUUUUAUAACACCAAAGUUUUAACCACUGGGGUCGGGGUGGGGGGUUGUUUGUUUUAUUGUUAUGUUACUUUUGUACACAAUAAACGUUUUACAUAUA